CUGCUUCUACCCGAACAGCUCUCUGAAAAUAUGCCCUCUCGGUGUAUCGGUUACAAUUGGUACAUGAUUUAUAGCACUUUCUUACAUGGCAUUAGCCUGAAAACUUUGUACAGAAAUAUGGCUGAAUGGGAUACACCAGUUUUGUUAAUAAUAAGGGACAUGGAUGAAUAUGUAUUUGGUGCUGUAGUAUCUUCUGAAAUUCGAAUAAGUGAUGGCUACUAUGGCACAGGGGAAUCAUUUAUGUUUACUAUAAAACCCGAGAGAAAUAUAUAUCAAUGGACUGGGCAUAAUCAUUAUAUUAUUAAAGGCGAUACGGAUGGCUUUGCUAUAGGGGGAGGAGAUGGCCAUUUUGGUUUAUGGAUGGAUGAAGAUCUGUAUCGCGGCAGUUGUCAUCCGUGCCAAACUUUCGAUAAUGAAAUCAUGUCAAAAACUGAGCAUUUUUAUUGUCAAGCUCUAGAAGCAUGGGGAUUUGCCUAG